AUGUUGAAGGUGUUGGUUACAAUAUUUUUUGUAUUGGCGAUCAUUGCAGCAGACAUGUCCAUAGUACUUGUUCAAUCAUCAGAUAUGCCUGUUCAUGGUCAACAAGGUGGAGGAAAUAUUUGGCCUUGGCACAAAACUCAUGUGAGUGUUGUAAAUAAUUUAGGUGAUGGUGUUAAUCUCUUCAUACAUUGUCGUUCAAAGAAUGAUGAUCUUGGCCCAUAUAUCCUUCCCAAUGGGAACCACUUUCGAUGGUCAUUCAAAUUAAAUUUUUUACUCACAACUUUGUUUUGGUGCAACAUAAGAUGGGUUUCUGGAUCAACAACUUUAGUAAAGAGUUUUGAUAUUUAUUAUGCCAAAAGGGACAAUCAACAGUGUAUAGCGAAAUGCUAUCGGAGUAUUCAACCAGAUGGAGUCUAUUUUUACGAUGAGUUCAAAAACAUCUGGUGGAAGGAAUACGCAUGGUAA